UCGUCGUAAAAGGAUUGUAGCUUCGGCGAUCACCGAAAGGGCGACUCGACACUCGAGACACGGACGAAUCUCUUUUUCUCUCUCUCGCUCUCUCCCCCUCUCUCUCCCUCUCUCUCUCCCCGUUCGACUCGAGAGGAAGUUGUUGUCGGUGGAAGGCGGGGCCCGAAUCGGUCGCGGAACGUCCGAUCUUUGCGUCUGGAUCCUGGACACCAGCGUCUGGACGUCGAUUCGUGGACAGUGUCGUUCAAAGUAGUGUUUCGAGGGGGAGUGAAGUCGAUCCAAGUUGUUUAAUCGCGUUUGGCCGAGUCAGUCCCCGAAGCAGUCAUGCAGAAUUAUGGACACGAGGAUUACGAUUACGGGGCAACGGAGGGUGGGCAACAACAGGAGUCGGGUGAUGGUAGAACGUUACCACAGGUGCCAGGCGUGAGGCCCAUGGUCGACCCCCAUGCCCACGGCGAGGUCGACCCAAGCCUUUAUCCCCAGGCGAAGGAGGCGACGCACAAGAUCCGUGGAAAAAGCGACGUGAUCGAGUACCUGUUCGGCUCCGUGGAUCAAGAACUGCUCACGGUGAAGACGUUCUAUUUCUUCUUCUACUCGGCGUUCGGCUCCCUGUUCCCGCUGAUGGGCGUCUAUUUCAAGCAGAUGGGGAUGAACGCCGGCCAAUGCGGCCUUCUGAUGGGGCUCAGACCCUUCAUCGAAUUCCUCAGCGCGCCUUUCUGGGGCUCGUUGGCUGACAGGUGGCAGAAGGGUAAAUUGAUCUUUCUCGCCUCCCUCUCUUGCUGGAUCAUCUUCACUCUACCCCUAGCCUUCAUGCAACCACCGGCCACUUCGUGCAUGGUUAGAAGGAACAGCACCGACUGGUUGGAAGCGCCGAAUCCGAAAACUAGGAUAGUUAAACGAUCCACCAGCCUCGAAGACUUUUAUCGUCAAAACGACGAGGAAUGUUUAGAAAUAGCGGACAACGUCGUGUUCGAGAGAUUGCGAAAGGACACGAAUCUGGAUCCGUUGACGGCGCUCCGCUCGCAAACGAGGAAGGAGCACGAGAAGGGAAAUUACGACAACAACAGGUUUCGAAGAGAGACGCAACAAGGAUCGACCGAGGACAGCCCUGUGGAGGAUCUAAAGUACAAACAACUGGUGUUCGAGGAGAACGAUCCCGAAGCGAAGACCAUCGACUUCGAAACUUUGCAAAGGAAAAACCGUCCCGCCGACGUGCUCGAGUACAAGCGUUUUCUCAACAAUCAACCUUUGGACGACGGGAAACCGCCGAAGAAAGCGUACACGCAUACCAAAACCAGGGUGAAACCACCCCCCACCAAGGUGAUGGUGAAACGAGACGCGAACAAGGAAACUUGGACGGAGAACGACUCGAGCGUGUUCGAGCCUCGGCAACAGUGGUCCACGAUGAAGAAACUGCGAAAGAUGUCUUUGGACGAGGACGAGGAGGAGGAAAACGAGAAGGAGAACGAGGUGGAACCGCCAUUGGUCAGGACGAAACGAUACGUCAGGAUACCUCACUCUGGCCAGAGCCCUCACACCGUGUCCUACGCAGCGAAUUACAACGAGCAGGAGAACAAGGGUUGGGUGAAACCUCUGUUCAGCUCCAUCGUGUACAGAUUACCGGAUAUCCAAAAAACCUUCUUCCUCCUGUUGUUGCUGGUGAUAGUCGGAGAAUUCUUCUCGGCCCCCGCCAUCACUCUCGCGGACUCCGCUGUGAUCACAUUGCUAGGCGAGGACGCGGAUAGAUACGGUCACCAGCGAAUGUUCGGCAGCUUGGGCUGGGGCCUGGCCAUGUUCUUCGUGGGCAUCGCGUUGGAUCACAGCACCGCCUUCUCCGAGCAUCCUUGCGGCCCAGACGCAAGGGAGAAGAACUACACGAUCUGCUUCGCGAUCUUCAGCGUCCUCAUGGGCGCCGCUCUCAUCACCGCAACCCAGAUCAACUUCAAGUACGACUUCCCCAUAACGGAACCGGAAGUGGAGAAGCCUCCCGCGGAGCCAACGAGGGAGGAACAGCUGCAGAGCCAAUUGUCUCAGCAAUUGAAUCUACCCAGUCUCCAAGACUCGUCGGCAGCGGUGAAUCCAAAGCCGCAACCUCCGGAAGACAAGACGAAAAUGUUCGCCCAAACGAUGCGAGAGAUCCCGGAAUGGGUGACCGUGUUGAAGCAAUUCAAGAAUCUCAAAUGCGCUUCCUUUCUGUUCGUCGCCUGGUUCAUGGGCUUCGGUAUCGGCUUGAUCUUCACCUUCCUCUUCUGGCACCUUCAAGAUUACGGUGGAACACCGACUCUCUUCGGCGUCGCCUCCGUCAUCAACCAUAUUUCCGAGAUAUUCGCCUACUUCUUCAGUUUCAAACUGAUCCGUCAGAUCGGCCACGUGAAGGUAUUGUGCAUGGGGCUGGGGGGGAACGUUCUACGAUUCCUCUACAUAUCCUGGCUCACUAUCCCGUGGUGGGUGUUGCCGUUCGAGUUCAUUCAAGGGAUAACCCACGCGGCGGUCUGGGCAGCGUGUUGCAGCUACAUCUCUCACAACACGCCUCCUCAACUGCGCACGAGCGCGCAAGGUGUUCUUCAAGGGAUCCAUCACGGUCUUGGCAGGGGAUGCGGGGCUGUGAUCGGUGGCAUGUUCGUAGAUGCUUACGGGACAACUGCCACGUUCAGAGCUUACGGCCUCAUUUGCAUCGUGGUCCUCGGCGCGUUCAUCUUCAUCAACUUCUACAGGAAGGACACCGGUUUCGUGUCCGAAUUGCCCCAAACGGAGGAUCCGCACCAGGUAGCGGAGGCCACCCACCUGGCGCCGCACGGCGUACCCAGCAACGCCAUCCCUCGUGCCCUCAGCUCGACCAGAUUACACGAGCUUGCUAAUCAGGAGACCGGGUACGGGGCUACUUAUCAGACCACGGGCGGAAAUCUCGGUGUACCAGGUGCGAAUGGCGGCCCAGUGAACCCGACGAAUCCAUUUCUGAACAGCGGAGGCGCAGGCGAAUAUAAUUACGGUAUGACUGGCAAUGGAGGGGACGAGUAUAUCCGUAGGAGCUUCCAGCUUUACAAUGAGGUGAUCAGAGAAUUGGACCUGUUUAAACCACCGCCGAUAGUGACCCAUCUACACGCUCAACAACCAUGCACCAACCCUUUCCAUCAGGACGACUACGAGUGGUAACAGUCCGGGAUGUUCGAUCCCACUUGAGGUGAUCAGGAUGCUCGUGGAACGUUGGUCGGUAAUCGGCUCGUUCACCGGAGAACCAACGAACGAAGGACCAGCUUCGAAGUGCUAGGCAGAAGAAAUUUUUACGGUCAAGCAGGCUCGAUUAACCUGGAAACCCCUUGGUGCCUCCUUGGAGGAGCGACGAUACCAUUCCUUGCAUUUUAAAUUGGAAACGUUUGCUAACUAACUCAUGGGAUGGAAAUUGCUUUCGACGAAUCAAUCUCGUUAUAUAUAGAGAAGAGAAUAAUAAAGAAUAAAGAAAAUUCGAUCGAUAAGCGAUCGAAGUAGAUAACAUUAAAAAAAAAAUAUAUUGACCGCGAGACUGAUCGAUAGAACGACGAAAAGUGCCUGUUCCCCGAGAUGUUGUUGUUUACGGUUAAAUAUUAUCGAGAGGAUCAUUUCAGAAAUGAUAAUCGCAAAAUAAAAGAUGUCGCCAGAUGCGCUCGUUGGGGGCACCAAAGGGUAAAUUUCGACGAGAUUAACGUCCGCGAAACAGUCCGCGAGACGAAACUCCUUACAUUGCGCAGCGAACGACCGAAACUCUCGAAAAGAAUCUCGAGUAGAAGGAGACGUGCCAUCCAAGGUAUUUCGUUAGGGGCGUGACAACGAUCUAACGCGGCACGUGAGAAAUCGGCGACUUUUCGCACGCGACAUUUUCACAAAUUUUCGGCUACGUGGACGAGAUAAAUUCACGAUGGUCGCGCGCCACGUGCCUGGAUCGUCGGAGAGAGUUUUAAACCACGAUGUACAGACGAUGAUGUUUCGAAGGUUAAUACGUAUCUAUCUCGCGAGAUAUAGCUGACAACGUGUAGUAAGGCACGACACGAUCUGCGGGGUCGCUUCAACGAAAACUCGUUAUCCUUAUGCAAAGAAGACUCGCAUUCCACGGUAUCGUUCGAGCUAUAUUUUCUGAAAACGAGAGAAAUAUUCAGAUCGAUCGAGGAAGGAAGGCUGCCAGUUUCUUAUCGAUGCGCACGAUCUUCUAUUUUCAGCGGGAUAUAGAAUGGAAAGAAAAAUAGUUGAGGCGAGAUAAAAUUCUUGGGGGAAAUGGAGGGUAAAACUCGAAUCGUACCGUGUCGUCCUCGAAUGCAAGCAGCUCGAUGUAAUUAUUAUCGUGUAUCUUGACGUGCAAAUCUAUUACUCGGCUUCUCUCGUUUCGUUACGAAUCUGAUCAUUGUUAACGCGUUAAUCUAUUAUUCUCGGCCAAAUCGUCACGAGAAUAUCUAGAUUAUAAUUAUAUUGUAAAUACUUAUUAUUCUCGUUUCUCUCGCGUGUGAAUUACAACCAACUUUGACUCUUCUCUCGUUCACCAACGUUGUUUUCCGUUUUCUAGGCUGAACGUUGCUCGUUGCGUGUUGUAUCCUGUAAAAUGUUUCACACGUACUGUAAUUAUAUUAUUAUUAUUAUAUUAUUACUAUUAUUAUUAUUAUUAUUAUUAUUAUUAUUAUAGUAUAUCGAGUAGUCUAUCAAAGUACAGUUUUAUUAAGUAAACAUUAACACGUUUAAUCCCGUGAUAUAGGUGUAUGAUAAUUGUUAAUUAUGGAAGAACUGAUUAAGCGGGUCCGUGAUAAAGCGUGGGCCGAAAAGCUCGAGAUAAUUAUUAUUAAUAUUGCGCCUCUGCCCGAAUCGACAUCGAAAUUUAUGUUCGAGUUACACCUCCUCUUUAUCCUUAAUUUUCAUUUUCCGCAGCAAACGCACUCGAUUCCAUCCUUCUUUCGAUGCGAAAGAAGCUUUUGAAAUUGAAAGAGGCGCGUGUUCGUACGUUGAACCGAUUCCCUCGAAUCGAGGAAUCCAAUCCCGAUUUAGAGUUUUCCACGUCUCGUUCGAUUUGAUUCGGGUAAACGUGCGCGAACAGCCUAAAACGAAUCUCAUUUCCCGAGGCACAAGCUAGCACGUUGAUACCUUACAUAUUCAUACAUGCAUACAUACAUACAUACGUAUACAUAGCGUACGUACGUACGUAUCUUAUACGAGAUUUACAAAUCGUAAGGCAUGUAGAGUUUCACAGAGCGUCACAGUGCUUUUUAGCUCGGUAUCGCAUUAACAUUAUCGCUACAAUUACAUUAAUUAAAUCGUAAUCGUGUAUGCGAAUGAACGAACACGUGUCGUACACAGGGGGGUGGUGUUUUGUUUACUCGUUUCGAUCGUUCCCCUGGACUGAACACUGGUUUUUUCGAGGACACCUUCCACCGAAAUCAAGUAGAUAGUAACGGCCGUAUAUGCCAAUAAUCGUAAUCGUGUUAUCUACUUAAUAACCAAUAAUGUUAAUAAUCGCGCGAUGGAAAGAAAAAAAAAAGAAAAAAAUGUAAAAAAUAUGGAUUCGUCUCGCGAAAAAUAUGCACCUGCACGAUACACAAUGGGAUCACUUUAUCGAUUAAUCAUCGAAACGCAAUAUAGAGAAAUGGUCGAAUAAACACGGAUGGAUUGAUGGUUUCAACGCUUAGAAAUAAUCGGUCGAUCAUACUCGACUCGCAUGAUUUAAACACGAUUUUAUUUCGUUCGACAUUGCUUCUAGCGGUCCAUUUGCUUUCGUAGAUUUAAAAAGAAAGAAAGAGAAGAAAAAGAAAAAAAAAAAAUAAUCGCCGUCAAGCCUGUUAGAUUUGUUACACUGUUACACACGGUAUCCGGUGAAAGGCGUGCUCGAACUAAAUACAGAUAAGUUAUCAGUGAUUUGUUUCGCGUUUCUUCGACAACAAGCUCGCUAUUAAAUCGAAUACGAUUCUUCGACAAGCAUACAUUGCAAGUCACUGUCAACAGGACAACAAUCUUGAACGAUGUGUUUUACUCCAAGUCUUCCUACCACGUAAAUUUAAGCGAUAUGAAAUUUUGGCAAGAAUUAUUCUAAAUGUGAAUAAUGAAAAACGUAGGAACUGAAGGGAUAUUAUUAUUCGGAUAUAUUGUAGGGGAUCGUAGCAUUGCUACGUCUUACGAAUUAAGAUUAAAUCAAUCUUACUACUAUCGAA